AUGGUCUGCUUCAAGUCAGCCCUCGUCGCGUCUGCAGCGGCCGGUGCUUUGGCGGUGCCUUACACGCAGCCCGACACACUCGACCUCAACAACACAGAUUCCAUCAAGGCCGUUGCCGGCAGCCUUGCUCAUGGCGCAAUGUCCUACUACAAUGGCAACGUCUCAUCAGACGCCAAGAUGGUCGGUGACCUGCCAGAACCCUAUUACUGGUGGCAGGCCGGUGCCCUCUGGGGAGCCAUGCUGGACUACUACCACUACACUGGUGACCCAAGCUACAACGAAGUUAUCGCCCAGGCCCUCACUGCCAAGGUCAACACGGGACCCAACUUCGACUUCAUGCCCCCAGAACACGCUUCGGAGGAGGGCAAUGAUGACCUGGGCUUCUGGGGCUUUGCUGUCAUGGCCGCUGCUGAGCGCAACUUCACUCAGCCAAACCCAGACGCCCCGUCCUGGCUCCGGAUGGGCAUCAACAUCUUUGACUCUUUGGCAUCUCGCUGGAACACAACUCACUGUGGCGGCGGUCUGUUGUGGCAGAUUUACGAGAGCAACCCCAACGGCCUGAACUACAAGAACUCAGUCAGCAACGGCGGCUUCUUCCAGCUCGCUGCACGACUGGGUCGCGCCACUGGCGAACAGAAGUAUUUUGACUGGGCCAACAAGGUCUGGGACUGGUCAGAGAAGGUCGGCUUCAUCGACGCUGACCUGAAGGUCUAUGAUGGCGCCGACUCUCGCGACGAAUGCACCAAGGUCAACCCUCUCUCCUUCACGUACUCCACGGGCAUCUACCUGUAUGGUGCGGCCGUCAUGGCCAACGCCACUGGACAAUCUCUCUGGCACGAUCGCGCGGUCAAGAUGUUGGACACCUCCAAGCACUUCUUUGGCCCCUUUGAGAACAGCACCAACAUCAUGUACGAACCUGCGUGCGAGACUGUCGGCACAUGCAACACGGAUAUGAAGACAUUCAAGGGAUAUCUCUCCCGCUUCAUGUAUAAGUCGGCCCAAGACUUGCCUGAGCUCAAGCCCGAGGUUCUCAAACUGAUGACCCCCACAACCCAGGCUGCUGCCAAUGCCUGCACCGCAAAUGACACUGGCGUCGUCUGUGGCCAAAAGUGGUACGUUGGCGGCAAUGAUCAGUCCGUAGGUCUUGGACAGAUGAUGAGCGCCCUCGAAGCUGUACAGGGCUACGCCGGCGAUUUCGCCAAUUCUGAUCUCAACGAAAUCUUGGUUUUGAACGACAAUCUGCAUGCUUCUGCCGAUGGGUCACUGGGCGUCAAUGGCGACUUCGACGUCUUGGAGGAGAACAUUACAUCGGGCAAACUCAACAUCGAUACUCGUGGAAGCCGACCCGGGGCAAACGGCAGAGCAACGGGCAAUUUGAAGACCACCAUUGAUUACGAGGUCAAGCACCAGAUCAGACUCAAGGGCGACGGCUCUUUGAAGGCAGGCUUUAAAGGCCAAGCGAGUACCGGGGAGGCAGCCAGAAAACAGAAAGCUGAUAGCGGCAAGAAAUGCAAUGAUGGGCAUCGUCUUGGCCUCGGCGCUUGGAACGUUGCUGCCGUUGUUGCUGGAUCGCAAGUUCUCUUCUGGGGCAUUCUCUGA